CGCCUUUACUACAUCUCAACAGCCAAUAGUGUCGCGAGUCGACCGUUCAGCAAACUCUUUUCUUCUUUUUAGCUUUGCUUUUCCUUCUCUUCAUGUUUUGACCUUUCAUAAAUAAUCCAUAAUUAAACAAAAAAUUCAAUCGCAGUUAAACAGUGAUUCGGAUUCCGCCUUUACUACAAUGGUAGUUUCUUCAUAAUUAAGUUAAAGCGCUUUGUUAUUUGAGAAUUUGACCCAGAAAUUAGUCGUGAGGGAGAUAGAGGGAGGGCGUUAUGAAUUGAAGUUUGUGGUGGUAAAGAGAUGAACGUGAGCCAUGCGUCGGUUCACCCUGUGGAAGAUCCUCCGACCACGGAUGGCGGCAAUGCUCCGAGAGUGAGGAUGAAGGACAUACAGGGCAUGCCCGGGACGCCUGGCGGCCUGACUUUGCGAAUUUGUCAGUUGAUCUUUGCCGUUGCAGCGCUUUGUGUCAUGGCGACCACCAGUGACUUCCCUUCUGUAACUGCUUUUUGCUUCCUUGUUGCAGCUGCUGGCUUGCAAAGUUUGUGGAGCCUUUCGUUGGCCAUUGUAGACAUUUAUGCCCUUCUGGUGAUGCGAUCCUUGCAAAACAAUCGAAUUGUCAGUUUGUUUGCUGUUGGUGAUGGGAUAACAUCGACUCUUACAUUUGCUGCAGCAUGUGCAUCUGCUGGCAUCACAGUUCUUAUUGACAAUGAUCUUCAAAGCUGUUACCAGAAUCACUGUGUGCAGUUUGAAACUGCUACUGCCAUGGCCUUUAUAAGCUGGUUUACUGCAUUACCAUCUUUUCUCUUAAAUUUUUGGUCAUUGGCGUCCCGAUGAGAAGAUCCCAUGUAAAAAUCCAGAAAGAGGAAGAAGAUUCUGGCCAUUUUGGACUAAUAGCUGAAGCUUACAUAUCGAUGUCGUGUGUAUCUGUGAUCUUUCCCUUGGCUUUUUGUGUUUUAAAACUUGGUUGUGUUGUCGUGUGUAUAGUUUUAUGAAAUCAGGCUGCAACAUACAUAUUUGGUUAUGGAUGGGUAACUAUCCAUUUGGCAAUGGGAGAGAUCCAAUUGAUUGAA